GGUGGCUGGUGCUCCGCAGUGGGGGAGAGGCGGCGGCGGCCGGUCCCAGCAGCGCAGCGCGGCGGUCGCAGGCCGGCGGGGAGCGCCCAGCGCAGCCAUGUCUGUGGUCGGCAUCGACCUCGGCUUCCUGAACUGCUACAUCGGCGUGGCGCGGAGCGGCGGCAUCGAGACCAUCGCCAACGAGUACAGCGACCGCUGCACCCCAGCAUGUAUAUCUCUAGGAUCCAAGACACGGGCCAUUGGGAAUGCAGCAAAGAGCCAGAUUGUUACAAAUGUAAAAAAUACAUUGCAUGGCUUCAAAAAGCUGCAUGGAAGGGCAUUUGAAGAUCCUUACAUACAAGCUGAAAGGGCCAAACUUCCUUACGAACUUCAGAAGAUGCCGAAUGGCUCUGUAGGAGUAAAGGUGAGAUACCUGGAUGAAGAGAGACUGUUUGCAGUGGAACAAAUUACAGGAAUGUUACUGGCCAAACUUAAAGAGACUUCAGAAAGUGCUCUGAAGAAACCAGUGGCAGACUGCGUUAUUUCAGUACCAAGUUUUUUCACUGAUGCGGAGAGAAGGUCCGUAAUGGCAGCUGCUCAGAUUGCAGGAUUAAAUUGUCUGAAGCUAAUGAAUGAAACUACAGCAGUUGCACUAGCCUAUGGGAUAUACAAGCAAGAUCUACCGGCCUUCGAAGAGAAGCCAAGGAAUGUGGUCUUUGUAGACAUGGGGCAUUCUGCGUAUCAGGUUUCGAUCUGUGCUUUUAACAAGGGAAAACUGAAGGUCUUAGCUGCUACCUUUGACCCUUUCUUAGGUGGCAGGAAUUUUGAUGAGGCUUUGGUAGACUACUUCUCCGAGGAAUUUAGGACAAAAUACAAACUGAAUGUAAAAGAGAAUCCCCGAGCGCUGCUCAGAUUGUAUCAGGAAUGUGAAAAACUGAAGAAACUUAUGAGUGCAAAUGCUUCUGACCUUCCACUGAAUAUAGAGUGCUUCAUGAAUGACCUUGAUGUCUCCAGUAAGAUGAACAGAGCUCAGUUUGAGCAGUUGUGUGCUGCCCUUCUGUCCCGAGUGGAGCCUCCUCUAAGAGCAGCCAUGGAACAAGCUAGACUUCAGCGUGAAGAUAUCUACAGUAUAGAAAUAGUUGGUGGGGCUACUAGAAUUCCAGCAGUGAAGGAACAGAUCUCUAACUUUUUCUGUAAAGAAAUAAGCACCACACUAAAUGCUGAUGAAGCUGUUGCAAGAGGCUGUGCCUUGCAGUGUGCAAUUCUUUCCCCAGCUUUUAAAGUGCGGGAAUUUUCCAUCACUGAUGUUGUUCCAUAUUCCAUAACAUUGAGAUGGAAAUCGUCUUACGAAGAAGGAACUGGGGAAUGUGAAGUCUUCUGUAAGAACCAUUCUGCUCCAUUCUCAAAAGUAAUUACUUUCCACAAGAAAGAGCCUUUUGACCUGGAAGCUUUCUACACCCAUCCGCAUGAAGUGCCUUAUCCUGACUCCAGAAUAGGGCGUUUCACUAUUCAGAAUGUUGGUCCCCAGCACGAUGGCGACAACUCCAAAGUGAAAGUUAAAGUGCGUGUCAAUAUUCAUGGCCUUUUCAGUGUGGCCAAUGCUUCUAUAAUAGAAAGGCAGAACAUUGAUGGAGAUAACAAUGACGCACCAAUGGAUACUGAGUCAUCAAGUAAGAACCAAGGCAGAGAAGACGAGCUGGAUAAAAUGCAAGUUGAUCAAGAUGAAGUUGCUCAGAAAAGUCAGGCUGAACAGCAGAGCCAAGCAGAUGAGGAAACCGAAAAUGCAGGAAUUGAAACAAAGGCUUCUUCUGGAGACAAGCAAGAUCAUCCAACCCUGCCAAGGGCUAAAACAAAAGUCAAGAGUAUUGACCUACCUAUCCAGGCAAGCCUCUAUAGGCAACUGGGACAAGAUCUUAUUAAUUGUUAUAUAGAAAAUGAGGGGAAAAUGAUGAUGCAAGACAAGCUUGAGAAAGAAAGGAAUGAUGCUAAGAAUGCUGUUGAAGAAUAUGUGUAUGACUUCAGAGACAAACUGUGUGGAGUCUUUGAGAAAUUCAUCACUGAAGAAGAUACAAACAAGCUGACCUUGAUGUUGGAAGACACAGAAAACUGGCUUUAUGAAGAUGGAGAGGACCAGCCAAAGCAAGUGUACAUGGAUAAGCUUCAGGAACUAAGAAAAUUUGGACAGCCUAUUCAAGAAAGAUACAUGGAACAUGAGGAGAGACCAAAAGUUUUAAAUGAACUGGGGAAGAAGAUUCAGCUCCUUAUGAAAGCAGUAGAAGCAUACAAAAAUAAGGAUGAAAAAUAUGAUCACCUAGAUCCUGCUGAGAUGGAAAAAGUUGAAAAAUACAUUAGUGAGGCUAUGAACUGGUUGAACACCAAAAUGAAUGCACAAAACAAACUAAGCCUGACUCAAGAUCCCGUUGUCAAAGUGGCAGAAAUAAUAUCAAAAUCAAAGGAGUUGGAUAGCUUCUGUAAUCCCAUUAUAUACAAGCCCAAACCGAAGAUAGAACCUCCCAAUGAUGGGCAGUCAAAAGCUAACGGUGAACAUAAUGGACCAGUGAAUGGACAGAGCAGUACUGAAACAGGACCUGAUCCAGCGAAGGACAAUUCUCAGCAGACCAAACCAUCUGGAGAAAUGGAAGUGGACUAAAUCUUGCAUUUCUGUUACUUAAAAUAGUGCACAGGGUCCAUUCUUUUGGUACACACCUCAGAUGUUCAGUUAUUCUUAGCCAACCUUCUCUCAUUUGUUGCUGAGUAGUUUUGGAAGUGUUUCAUAUUAAGUACACCUCUGAUGUUCAUUUCCACUGAUGCUGCUUAUGUGGAGCUUUAGCCAAAUGUAGAUUGUAUAAGUCAGUUUAAGCUUUCCCAAUAUAUUUUAUAUCAAAACAUACAGAAUUGAUAUAUAAAUGGCAACAAUCUACCUUAUUUAAAGCUUUUAUUGUGGAUAAACCUCAGCUCCUUUAUUCAGGAAAGGAUACUGUAUUGCACUACUGAUGCUCAAGUGUAGAUCUAAUUGCAUCUUUAUUUUGGAAAAAUAUUGGAAUUGAAGUGGCAACACUUGUCACUUGAAGCACUGACCUUUUCUAGUUAUUGUAUUGUUAUAAUUUAAAUAUUAAAAUAGAGGUUAGUUGGCA